AUGCCGCGAGUACCGGGACAUCGAUAUCUCGGACCGGGCAACACGCUGAACGAAGGCAAUCCUAUUGAUGAAGACGAUUUAAUAGCCAAGAUACAUGAUAUUGAAUACGAAUAUUUGCCAGAAACGAUAAACCAACACGGCGAAAUAGCAAUAGAUAAUUUUUUGAAUAAUUUUGUACAAACAGGUAAUUGGCAUUCUAUUCUUGGUGGUCUUGGUUUGCAAGUUAAAAGACAAUAUGAAUCUGUGUUUGGUCAGCAAUAUCCAAUGCCGCACGGAGGUCAAGACGAUUAUACUGGAGCUUUAAGAGAAUUAUCGAAAUUAUAUAAAGAAGAAAAAGCGAGAGGAACUAAAACGAGUUGGAAAGAGUUUCAACAAUUGUAUUUUGGAGAUUUGUUGCGAGAACAAUUAGAUCGUAGAGUUCAUGGCGGAUCUACCAGUGAUACAAUCAACAUACAACAUUACGGAGACAAUAGCGCUGGAACUUCUUCUUCUGCGAAACGAGCUCGUUCCGACGUUAACGCAACACCUGAAAGAAGUGGCGAUCAAUCUUUAUUUGACGACGAUCUUGAUAAUAUUAUUAAUUCCACAAUGGCUGAUAUGGACGUGGAAACUAUGGAAACAAUCGCAAAUCCGUCGCAGGGCGGCGGAGUUACGAGCAACUCGAAUUCUGGACACGGAUCCGGACGAAGUGCCGGUGUUGGAACGAUCGUAAAUAUUCCUAGAAAUCCUAAAACGGAAUAUAUAACUCGUUCGUUUUCUAAACAUUGGAUAUUUUAUUCAUAUGGCUUUAUUAAUAAACAAGUUGUUGGAAAUGAUGAAAUAAAUUAUAUUACUCCAUUAAUGUUAAUUCCCGUUGAUUGUUUGUUAUUAUAUAUGGAUCCUUGUGAAUUUAUUAAUUUAAGAGGCAAAUCCGUAGCCGUUCAUUGUAAUGCCAGAAUACGUCCUUUGGGUUGUCGCAUGAAUUUUCAAACAAACGCGUCUACUACAUCGUGGGCAACAUCAGAAUUUGUGGCAAUUGGACAAAAAGCAAUUGGUUUGAAUAUUGGUAUUCCUGGUCGUAAUCGUGAAUAUAGUCCCGAAGCUUCAAAGCCUAUGUCUGUAUCAACACAUACUUUUCCAGAUAUGGCAAAAUUGAAUGAAAAAUUAUAUGGUGCAACUAAUGGUACGAGCGGAGCACAAUUAGUUCCUCGACAUUUAAAUAUGUAUUUUACUCCAAUAACUGCUGUUCGUAAUCCAACAACUGGUAGUGAUUUUAGACAUAGUAAUAGACCACCAAAAAUUGAUCAAUAUGUUGAUCGAUUUUUAAUUAAUUCAGCAGUUGGACAAACAAUUAUUGACUAUGAAUAUAAACCACGUAUGGGAAUAUUACAUGACGUGCGCUUUAAUCAAUUAAAACAUAAAUUUAAAACGGCGCCACUAUCACAAGCUGUUCAAUUAAAACCUACUGUUACUAGCGGUCAAAGUGUUGAAGGCAUAAUAGAAGAACAUUCAUACGCAGAUGCUGAUUCUAAUGAAGUGACACAACUACCUGGAUGGCAAAAUAGUUUCUUGUCUUCUAUUGCACAAACAAUAGAAUUGCAAGAACAUUACAAUUGGGAUAAAGGCCACACACAUGGAAAUGUGCAACCACAAGUGCAUGUUGGUUUAACUGCUGUGCCGGCUAUAAAUCCAGGAACCGAUACGACUGAUUAUCAGAAUACAGCGUGUUAUUGGGCAGUUGAUACGCAAAUAGUAAUUCACGAAUACGUUAAUAGUGCUUAUCAUUACGGUCAAGGAAUACAUACUACUAAUCCUGAUUGGUAUCCUCCAAAAUAUACCAAAAAAUAUUAUUCUGGUUUAUCAUUUUCGCAUCACGCUAAUUUAGUAAAAGAUGCGCAAUAUGCAAUAUCUCCGGAUUACCCGAUGUAUGAACAUCUUACUCAUUUUGAUCAUAUUACAUCUGGCAACGUUGCGCGCUUGCCCAGUCAACGAGACAUGGACGACGACAGUAGACGCAGACAAAGAAACCGGUUUAUUGCCGAUGAGCGAAAAGAAAGCGGCAGUGGAGCCAGUAGAAGUCAUAUCGACGAAUCUUCCUUCGUCCAUCUUGAAAUACCUACCACACCUGGAUUACGAAGAGCCACUCGAUUUGAAUAAUACAACAAAUAUAUCUCCGUAUAAUCGCUUGCGUUUGUUUGUUCAGCGUCGUCGUUUCCAUGGAUAAUCCCGCGCACAAUUCUAGACGACAGCAACAAAAUCAGCAGACAAAGCCAGUCAAUAGAGUUGAACCUUUGUACUUCAGACCUAACACAACAAAUCCGUCAUUGCCACAAAUUGAGGAAAAUGUUCACCAACGAGCAACGCAAGCACCGACGACGUCAUCCAAUAUUACGCAAUACGACUUUCGCAACCAGCAAUUAAUUAUGCCGGUUCAAGCUAUUCGACCUCUUACAGAUAAACAAAAAGAAUUGGUGAGGAAAGCGAUACAAUCUGUAGAUUUAUAUUUAGAGUGAUUCAUUUAAUAAAAGAUAUUUAUCACUACA